CCGACUUUCAGGGAAACCUUAGAAGGAAAAAAAAAAGUAGGACUACAUCAUGAGCUCUGAAACACUUCCAAAGGUUCCUAUUAUUGACUUUUCCAACGACAAAUUGAAGCCUGGAACUAAUUUUUGGUCCUCGACAUGCAAGGAUGUUAGGCGUGCAAUAGAAGAGUAUGGCAGUUUCAUAGCAGUGUACAAUAAAGUUACAAAAGUGUUAGAAAAAGCGAUUCACGAUGCAGGAAAAGAGUUCUUCGAUCUCCCAAUAGAAACCAAAGUGAAAAACACUCCGGAGAGGACUUACCAUGGCUAUGUAGGCGAUAUCCCCGUCAUCCCUUUGCAUGAAAGCACAGGAAUCGAUAACGCAACAACCCUAGAAGGGACCCAGAAAUUUACAAAUCUCAUGUGGCCUAAUGGGAAUGAGCAUUUCAGUGAAACCGUGUUUACAUACUCAAAGCUGGUAGCAGAAUUAGAUCAAAUGAUACAGACAAUGAUUUUCGAAAGUUAUGGGGUACUUGAUAAGCACUUUGAAUCUCACCAAGAGUCCACAUAUUACCUUCUGCGGCUCAUGAAAUAUAAAGUACCUGAGACGAAUGAGAGUAAUAUGGGUUUUCGUGCUCAUACGGACAAAAGCUUCGCAGCAAUAAUCCAGCAACUUUAUAUUGACGGAUUGGAGAUAGAAACAAAGGACGGCAAGUGGAUUACUUGUGAUUUAUUGCCACAUUCCUUUGUUUUCUUGGCUGGAGAUGUACUCAUGGGAUGGAGCAAUGGCAGAAUACGUUCAGCUAGACAUAGAGUGGUUCUCGACACAAAAGAAGUGAGAUACUCAACGGGGCUCUUUUCGUUCAGUGAAGGAAUGAUACAAGUUCCUGAGGAGCUUGUCGAUGAGCAACAUCCACUAAGUUUCAAGUCCUUUCAUCAUCAAAAGUUCCUUCGUUUCUUUGAGACGGAGGAAGGCCGGAAUGCCGAGAGUCCUCUCAAAGUUUACUGUGGUGUUUGAAAUUUAUUUUCAUGUUGAUCAUGAUCAUCAACUCGAUCCCUCAAGUUUAAUUUGUGUACGUUGCAGUUUAAUUUGCUGUUUGUAAUAUAUAUGGUACUUUCAUGUUGCCAUGUACUUACAUGGCUAAUAAUAUCAAUAUAUAUAUAUAUCA